AUGCGCUGCUCCCCCAGACGUGCCCUGGCGGCUGCCCUCGCAGCCUCCUCCCUCUUCCUCUUCCUCUUCCUCCUCCUCUACAGAGGCUGUCAGCAGGAAGAGGAUCCCCAGGAGGUGGAGCUUCAGGGCUCGGCCCCGGCCGCGGCGCUGCAGCAGCUGCAGGCAGGAGCUCGGCACACCCUGAGCGACGCUGAGGUCUUCUCUGCUCUGCACAACGUCUCCUACCAGCUGCUGGCUGGCUCCCUGCCCCCCGACAAAAAGUUCCUGGCCGUGGGGCUGGCCUCGGUGCGGCGCCCGCGGGGCUUCUACCUGCCGGCCACGCUGCGGUCCCUCUUCGAGCAGUCGACGGAGGAGGAGCUGCAGGAGCUGGUGGUGGUCGUGCACCUGGCAGACCCUGACCCCUCCUGGAACGGGCGGGUGGCCGCCGGCAUCGCGCAGAGCUUCGCCCGGCACGUCCAGCAGGGCAGGCUGCUGCUGAUCCACGCCCCCCAGCAGCGCUACCCCAGCCUGGAGGGGCUCAAGAGGAACUACGGCGACCCCGAGGAGAGGGUGAGGUUCCGCUCCAAGCAGAACCUGGACUACGCCUUCCUCUUCGCCUUCGCCGCCAACCUCUCCUCCUACUUCCUGAUGGUGGAGGACGACGUGCGCUGCGCCCGCUCCUUCCUGACGGCCGUCCGCAGGGCCGUGGCCUCCCGGGCGGGCUCGGCCUGGGCCACGCUGGAGUUCUCCAAGCUGGGCUACAUCGGGAAGCUGUACCGCGCCGCGGAGCUGCCGCGCCUGGCGCGCUUCCUGCUGCUCUUCUACCAGGAGAUGCCCUGCGACUGGCUGCUCGCCCACUUCCGACAGCUGCUGGCCCAGAAGGAGGUCAUCCGCUUCACGCCCUCCCUCUUCCAGCACCGAGGGCUCUACUCCUCCUUCCAGGGCAGCCUCAACCGGCUGGAGGACGACGAGUUCCAGGCGGACGCCUCGGACCCGCCGGACAACCCCCCGGCCGCCCUCUUCACCAGCAUGGACGUCUUCGAGCACCACGAGCCGCGGGGGGCCUACGGCACGGCAGAAGGCUACUUCUGGGGCAAGGACCCGGUGGCCGGCAGCGUCUUCACCGUGGUCUUCCAGCAGCCCACCCUGCUGAGGCGGGUGCGGGUGCUGACCGGCUCCGCGCAGCGCCCCGCCGACCGCCUGCGCGCAGGGCUGCUGGAGCUGGGCCGGCGGCGGCGGGCGGACGGCAGGGACUGCGCCGCCUACACCCCGGCCGGCGCCUUCCAGCAGGGCGGCUUCGACGGGCGGGGGCUGGAGAGGGCCGCGGGGGGCCCCGUGGAGUGCCUGCGGGUGCGGGUGACGCGGGGGCAGAGCGAGUGGCUGAUCAUCCGCAGCAUCCAGGUCUGGACCGCGCCGGGCUCCCGCGGCGGCCGGCGGGAUGCCGAGGCGGCCGCAGCGGCGCCCUGA